GUCUACCGCUCCGCAUCUCUCUGGCAUAUAGUGACCUCGGGCGGCGGGUCGCGUCAGCCGGGCAUGGCGGCAUGGAGCCCAGCUGCGGCAGCACCUCUGCUCCGCGGGAUCCGCGGGCUUCCACUUCAUUGUGUCCGUCGGAUGUUUGCCUCCCAGACUGAGGGGGAGCUCAGAGUGACCCAAAUUCUCAAAGAAAACUUUCCUCGAGCUACAGUCAUCAAAGUCACUGACAUUUCAGGAUGUCAGAGCUGGAGUAGACCCCAGAAGGGUUUUGUGCAACUGCCUCAUUUUCCCGAAGAGGAAACAAGCCCAGAGAGGCCAAAGGACCUGCCCAGCUCCUCAAAGGGAAGAGACAGUGGAAUUGAAACCAGAACCGGGACUCAGGGCAGAUUCUGUCCUAAGCCCAGUUACCAGCCCCAGCCAGGCUCUGUCCUUCUCAGGCAACCACUGGCACCUAGAAGUUCAGGCUGGCAGUGUGUUAGGAGCAGGCUGGAGGAGCAACUUCUGCACCCACAGGAUGGGGAAGAUAGGCCCUUUAUCCACACACACAUGCAUACACAGAACGGUGCCUGGCGUGGGCUGCUGGAUAGGCAUCAGCCUGAAUCUCUUCACACCCAGAGGCAGGCUUUGCCACUCAGCAUUGCCACAAGGGCUCACUGACUUUACUGAGAACAUAACAUUUCCAAGGAUUGGGGAAAUAGUUUAGAAAGUAGAUUUUAUUCUGGAAACUACAGGAAAUAAAACAAACU